UCUGCUGCUCCGGAGCCAGGCCAGGAGGGGUGGAGGAGCAAGGGGAGGAGGAGGAGGAGGUCGCGGCUUUGGCUCAGGCUUCAGCCGAGCGGUUUGUGGGCUGUCUUCUGAGAAGUGGUUUUUUUUGUUUGUUUUCUUGUUUUUUGUUUCCCCAAAAAGCAAAUGGCUGGCAGAGACGCAUAACCCGCCUCCACUCUUCGGAUUUGUGUUGGGUUUUCUCUUGCACCUUGAGAGUCGUGAUCGUCAUGCUGUGAUGUGUGCGGAUGGAGGAAUUGAUCACCUACACCUCCUGGAUCUCAGCGCGUUUUGGACAUGACUGAGUGUCUUCAGUGGGCCAGGUAUCGCUGGCAGCGGCUGAUGGGCAGCACACGCAGGGACGACGAGGAGAGGCCGUACAACUAUUCCUCUCUGCUCGCCUGUGGGAAUGUGUCUUCUCACGUUCCCAAACUGGCAGCAAAGCACCGCGUUGUUGUCCCCCACCUUCGGCCCUUCAAGGAUGAGUAUGAAAAGUUCUCUGGUACCUACGUCAAUAACCGAAUACGAACAACAAAGUACACACUUCUAAAUUUUGUGCCAAGAAACUUAUUUGAACAAUUUCACAGAGCUGCCAAUUUAUAUUUCCUGUUUCUAGCUGUCUUGAACUGGGUGCCUUUGGUCGAAGCCUUCCAAAAGGAAAUUACGAUGCUGCCUUUGGUGGUGGUCCUUACGAUUAUCGCAAUUAAAGAUGGUUUGGAAGAUUACCGAAAAUACAAGAUUGACAAACAGAUCAAUAAUUUAGUAACUAAAGUUUAUAGUAGGAAAGAGAAAAAAUAUGUCGACCAAUGCUGGAAAGACGUUGCUGUUGGGGACUUCAUUCGCCUUUCCUGUAAUGAGGUUAUUCCUGCAGACAUGGUCUUACUCUUUUCCACCGAUCCAGAUGGAAUCUGUCACAUUGAGACUUCGGGUCUCGAUGGAGAGAGCAAUUUAAAACAGAGGCAGGUGGUUCGGGGAUAUGCAGAGCAGGACUCUGAAGUUGAUCCAGAGAAAUUCUCCAGUAAGAUAGAAUGUGAAAGUCCAAACAAUGACCUCAACAGAUUCCGAGGCUACCUAGAACAUUCCAACAGAGAACGCGUGGGUCUCAGUAAAGAAAAUUUAUUACUUAGAGGAUGCACCAUUAGGAACACAGAGGCUGUUGUGGGCAUCGUGGUUUAUGCAGGCCAUGAAACCAAAGCAAUGCUGAACAACAGUGGUCCGAGGUAUAAGCGCAGCAAAUUAGAAAGAAGAGCAAAUACAGAUGUCCUCUGGUGUGUCCUACUUUUGCUUGUGAUGUGUUUAACUGGUGCAUUGGGUCAUGGAAUCUGGUUGAGUAGAUAUGAAAACAUAAUAUUUUUUAAUAUCCCGGAGCCUGAUGGACAUGUCAUAUCACCAGUGUUGGCAGGAUUCUAUAUGUUUUGGACCAUGAUCAUUUUGUUACAGGUCUUGAUUCCCAUUUCUCUCUAUGUUUCCAUUGAAAUUGUGAAGCUUGGACAGAUAUAUUUUAUUCAAAGUGAUGUGGAUUUCUACAAUGAGAAAAUGGAUUCUACUAUUCAGUGCCGGUCGCUGAACAUCACCGAGGACCUUGGGCAGAUUCAGUACCUCUUUUCUGAUAAGACAGGAACUCUCACUGAGAAUAAGAUGGUUUUUCGAAGAUGUAGUGUGGCAGGUUUUGAUUAUUGCCAUGAAGAAAAUGCCAAGAGGUUAGAGUCCUACCAGGAAGCUGCCUCUGAAGAUGAAGAUUCCAUGGACACUCCCAGCGGCUCCCUCACCAAUAUGACAAAACCGAGGACCCCCAGCUGCAGGACAGUUCAUAAUGGGCCCUUGGGAAGUAAAUCCUUGAAUCAUCUUGCUGGGAGCUGUUUAGCUGUGGGAAGUGGAGAAGGAGCCAGUGAAGUGCCUCACUCCAGACAGGCUGCUUUCAGUAGCCCCAUUGAAACAGAUGUGGUACCAGACACCAGGCUUUUGGACAAAUUUAAUCAGAUUACACCUCAACUUUUUACACCACUAGAUGAGACUGCCCCAAAUCCACCACUGGAGACUUUGUAUAUCAUUGACUUCUUUAUUGCAUUGGCAAUUUGCAACACUGUAGUGGUUUCUGCUCCUAACCAACCACGACAAAAGAUUGGACUCUCAUCACUGAGUGGAAUGCCUAUCAAGUCCUUGGAAGAGAUUAAAAACCUCUUCCAGAGAUUGUCUGUGCGAAGAUCAAGUUUGCCGUCACUUGCCAGUGGGAAAGAGCCAUCUUCUGGGAUCCCAAGUGCCUUUGUGAGCAGACUCUCUCUCUUUAGUCGAAUGAAACUGGCUUCACCUGUGGAGGAAGAGGUCUCCCAAACUAGCGAGAGCCCUCGGGACUCUAGUAAUUCUGCUCGCCCGACGGAGACUGAGAAACAGAACUGUGAUGCAGGCCUCACCGAUGGCAAGGUGGAAUGCUCCCCUGGACAGCCGUUGGCCUCCAGCCUGUGUUAUGAGGCUGAGAGCCCAGACGAAGCGGCCUUGGUGUAUGCCGCCCGGGCUUACCAAUGCACUUUACGGUCCCGGACACCAGAGCAGGUCAUGGUGGACUUCGCUGCUUUGGGGCCAUUAACGUUUCAACUCCUGCACAUCCUGCCCUUCGACUCAGUAAGAAAAAGAAUGUCUGUUGUUGUUCGACACCCCCUUUCCAACCAAGUCGUGGUAUACACAAAGGGUGCGGAUUCUGUAAUCAUGGAGUUGCUCUCUGUGGCUUCCCUGGAUGGAGCAAGUCUGGAAAAACAACAGAUGAUAAUAAGAGAGAAAACCCAGAAACACUUGGACGACUAUGCCAAACGAGGCCUACGCACGUUAUGUAUAGCGAAGAAGGUCAUGAGUGACACUGAAUACGCAGAGUGGCUGAGGAACCACUUUUUAGCAGAAACCAGCAUUGACCACAGGGAAGAGUUACUCCUUGAAUCUGCCAUGAGGUUGGAGAACAAGCUAACUUUACUUGGUGCUACUGGCAUUGAAGACCGUCUGCAGGAGGGAGUCCCCGAGUCUAUAGAAGCCCUUCAAAAAGCCGGCAUCAAGAUCUGGAUGCUGACAGGGGACAAGCAGGAGACAGCUGUCAACAUAGCUUAUGCAUGCAAACUACUGGAGCCAGAUGACAAGCUCUUUAUCCUCAAUACCCAGAGUAAAGAUGCCUGUGAGAUGCUGAUGAGCACAAUUUUGAAGGAACUUCAGAAGAAGAAUCCAGCCUGUCCAGAGCAAGCAUUGUUAAGUGAGGGCUUACACCAGUCCCCAGCCACACAGGACUCAGGGCUGCGGGCUGGACUCAUCAUCAAUGGGAAGACCCUGGAGUUCGCCCUGCAGGAGAGUCUGCAGAAGCAGUUCCUGGAGCUGACUGCCUGCUGUCAAGCUGUGGUCUGCUGCCGAGCCACCCCCCUGCAGAAAAGCGAGGUAGUGAAGUUGGUGCGCAACCAUCUCCAGGUGAUGACGCUGGCCAUCGGUGAUGGUGCCAAUGAUGUCAGCAUGAUACAGGUGGCAGACAUUGGGAUGGGGAUCUCCGGUCAAGAAGGCAUGCAGGCUGUGAUGGCCAGUGAUUUUGCCAUUUCUCAGUUCAAGCAUCUCAGCAAGCUCCUCCUUGUCCACGGGCACUGGUGCUAUACACGGCUUUCCAACAUGAUUCUGUAUUUUUUCUACAAGAACGUGGCCUAUGUGAACCUCCUUUUCUGGUACCAGUUCUUUUGUGGAUUUUCAGGAACAUCCAUGACUGACUACUGGGUUUUGAUCUUGUUCAACCUCCUUUUCACUUCCGCUCCUCCUGUCAUUUAUGGUGUUUUGGAGAAAGAUGUGUCUGCAGAGACCCUCAUGCAACUGCCCGAACUUUACAAGAGUGGUCAGAAAUCAGAGGCAUACUUACCCCUUACCUUCUGGAUCACCUUGUUGGAUGCCUUUUAUCAAAGCCUGGUCUGCUUCUUUGUGCCUUAUUAUACCUACCAGGGCUCAGACAUUGACAUCUUUGCAUUUGGAAACCCCCUGAACACAGCUGCUCUGUUCAUCAUUAUCCUCCACCUGGUGAUUGAAAGCAACAGUUUGACCUGGAUCCACAUGCUGGUCAUCGUUGGUAGUGUCUUGUCUUAUUUUCUCUUUGCCUUGGCAUUUGGAGCCAUGUGUGUGACUUGCAACCCGCCAUCCAACCCCCACUGGAUCAUGCAGGAGCACAUGCUGGAUCCAGUGUUCUACUUGGUUUGUGUCCUCGCAGCCUGCGUCGCCCUUCUGCCCAGGUUUGUAUACCGAGUUCUUCAGGGAUCCCUAUUUCCAUCUCCAGUUCUAAGGGCGAAGCACUUUGACAGACUGACUCCAGAGGAGAGGACUAAAGCUCUCAAGAAGUGGGCAGAGGCUGGAAAGAUGGGCCAAGUGACACCCAAGAAUGCUGACCACUCAGACUCCAAGUCAGAGAAAAGAGCUAAGUCUGGCCCUGCUGACAGCUUUGCAAUGAUGUCAGCACCUUCUCAUCCUGUUGACCAGGGAGACUUCUCUGUCCAUGAAACUGCUUUGGACUCAGACUACUGUGAAACCAAGGCCUCAGGGAUGGCUGGGCCCCCAAUGGGUUAAAAAAAAAAAAAAGCAUUGUAGCCUCCUUGGAGUUGCAAGUAUUCCCUCAGAUUUGGAAGAGGGACCUUGAAGAGGCACCUCUAUCAAGAAUGAAAUGGAUUUUUCCCUAAGGGACAUGAACAUUCAUUCUACUGUGCUUGGAAAAGCCAAUGUGAUGACCUUUAUCGUAUGUUUGUAGAUACAUUUGUAAAAGGACUUGGAGUGUGACCUGAACAGAGUUUAGGGAAGUGAAAUACUUAAUUCAGAAUCAAA